AAACCACAGAUUUUUAUUAGUUUCUUCUUUUGUUUGACAAACCAUAAGCAAAGUGAUUUCUUCUUCUUCUUCUUCUUGUUCAAUAAAGUUUGAUUCCUCUCCUUGUCUUUUUGACAAAUCAGUUUGACAUUCAUAUGCAAAAUGACCAAACUUGUGGCAUCGAUAACAUUCAAUUUUGGAUUUGUCAAAGGACCUCGAGUCAUAGCUACUUGUUCCUGCUCCAUGGCCGUUGUUGCCUCGGCCUCUGCCUCUACCACGACCCCUGUUACUGCCUCUACCUCUUCCUCGACCAGCUACAUGAAAAUCAGUUGAGACUUUCAAAGCUACUUCUUCUUUAUCCUGCUGGGUAAUUUUCAGUUCAUGAAUCAAUAAAGAGCUUUGUAAUUCGUCAAUUGAAAGCUCAUCAACGUCAUGAGAUUCUUCAAUAGAACAAACUACAAAGUUAAACUUUGCCGUCAAUGUACGAAGAAUUUUUUCAACAAUAGUAACCUCCGCUAUCUUAUCACCAUGGAUUUUCAUCUUAUUGAUGAUUGCCAUCACCCGAGAGAAAUAAUCUGCGACUGUCUCUCCAGAUUUCAUUCGGAGUGUUUCAAACUCGGAACGAAGUAUUUGAAGCUGCUGCCUCUUUGCCCUUGUUGUUCCUUGAUAUUUCUUUUUCAUGGAAUCCCAUAUUUGCUUAGAAGUAUCCUUAGACAGAAUUGUUUCUAAGAUUGAACGAUCAAUUGCUUGAAAAAGAUAAUUCUUUGCCUUGAGAUCCUUCAGUUUCGCUACAUCUAUCUCUGUUUUCUGUGCUUCAGACACUGCUGUGCCUGGGGCUAGUUCUGAAAUGCCUUCAGAAACCACUUGCCAAUACUCUUUUGAUCUUAGGAAAUUUUCCAUCAACAUGCUCCAAUGAUCAUAAUGACCAUCAAAGCGAGGAAUUGCAGGUUGCACAAAAUUUUCCGCAGCCAUUUUUGCUACAGCAAACACUCAAACUCUCUCCCUUACGUGUUUCGCUCAAACCUCUCGUGUUGAACUCUCCUAACCCUGCUCUGAUACCACUGAUAGAAAUAAAGCAAAGUAUAUGCAGUAAAGGAGAUUAAGUUAUUUUAUUCAGUAGCAAAUGACUUGCUUAAAUAGCCAAUUUACAACGGUAAUAAACAAAGAAAUAGGAACUAACUAUAAGACUAAAAAUCUGCUAAAAAUCAGCAGCUAUCCCAAAGACCAGAACAAACAAUAGACAUGGUCAAAUAGGACGUGAAUAACAAAUUUAUUUAACAGCAUUAAUGCUAUGUAUCUAGGUUUUGCUUUUUGUGUCGUUCUAGAAUUUGAGGUUCCUCUUGCCAUGAACAAGGACGAUAAGUUGUUGCUUACAUGUGGAUGCCGUCUGAAAAAUGCUGAUGGUAAUGAAAUGCUCUUACCGUUUGUUGCUCCUGAGAGUAGGCAUGAUAGUUUGCAUUUAGAUACUGUCAUUCAAUCAGACCAUGUGUUCCUUUGGUACAAUCAUUACUACAUUGAAAGUUGUCUCAUACAAAAUUAUUCUGACGUCAACGAGCUUUCGAUUGAGUUUGAGUUCAAAGCAGAACACUAUGGGUAUACUGUUGGUGAUGCAAUGCAAUUUAAAGUAGUAAAGUUAAAGGUGAAAAGAUGUGGAGUCCACUUGAUGUAUACUUCCAAAGAUGAGGAGUACCAAUGCAGCCCCAGCAUAAUCCAAACCAAGCACUCUUUGCACUAUGCAGCAACUGAUUCUGAUUUUAUGCAAGAAGUGAUAGGAACCGCCGAUACCAGCAAGAAAAGAAGCUCCAAUCAAGCCAAUAUCAUUGCAGAUGGCAGAUCUGAUAAAAGAAUGAAAGAAUUUUGACUAGGUUACUCUUUAAAUGCUCAUGAUGAGACUGAUCAGUAGUCGCUACAAUGGUUUUCUCUUUAAUGAUAAUCCAUAUUUUAUAGAUCUACUAUUGUACUUUUAAUUACCAACAUUUUUUUUGUUGAAAUCAAAUUCAAUUAU